AUGCUACUGGUGGCCGCUGGCAUGGCGGUGGCAGCAGUGCAAGCAGUGGUGUGGUACUUGCGGACUGUGAUGAAAGCGGUGCCCGUAGUGGAAGCACGCCGCACGUACCCGCAAUUUGGCGUCAAGGGCAAUGCAUCGGCUCUGGAGCGUUUGGAACAGUCUAUCUAUGCUUAG